AUGGCGACGCCGCGCGAAAAUAGGAAAAAGCAAGCACGAAGCGAAGCAAACAUGCUCACAGCAAGCGACCGACCUAUCGAAGUGGCGAUCUGGUUUAUCGUCACCGACUCCAUUCAUCCAUCGAAUCCCAGUCCAUCAGUUCACUGUCACUGGCAGUUGGAGAGAAGGUGGGGUAGCUUGUCAGUCAGUGCAGGAGGUCGUGGAUAG